UGAAGUCACCAAUCUCUGGUAACACAACCAGCGAAUGAUUCUGAGCCUACAGAAUAUACAGACGUCAUACAGGCUUUUGCUGUCCCUUUUGGCCAGAACACCAAACACCAGGAGCUGCAGGUACUUCAUGAAAGAUAGGAGCACAACCUGGCCUGCUGUCUGUAAGAUCUGUGGCAACUAUGACCUGGAGCAGAGCAGGCAGGAAGAGGACAGCACCCAGGCCAUCCAGAGCAUCGUCAUUCACACCGACCCAGAGGCCUAUCUGAACCUGAACACCAACGCCAACACCAGAGGGGAUGCUCAGGCCUAUGUGGAGCUGAAUGAGCUCAUGGGCAACAGCUGGCAGGAGACUGGCCGCUGGGUGGGCUAUGAGGAGAAUUUGAACCCAGCAACGGGCAAGUGGGGCCCCUCCCACGUCUCCUACCUCACCUUCAAGAGUCUGAUCCAGCUUCGCAAGAUCAUGAGCACAGGUGCGAUCAUUCUGGACCUGCAGGCCAGCAGUCUGUCUGCUGUGGCUGAGAAGGUGGUGGAUGAAUUGCGGAGCAAGGGUGAGAUCCGUGCCACUGAUAGAGAUGGCCUGUUGAGGGCUCUACUGCAGAGACGCAGUCAGUCUGAGGGAGCUGUAGCUCAACCCCUGGGAGGAGACAUCGAGAUGCAGACCUUCUCUGUCACCAAGCAGAGAGAUACAACUGAUAGUGUGGAAGCCUCCAUUGUCCUCUCAGGUAAGGGUGAUGGACUCCUGGAGAAGCCUGCCGUGGCCUUCGUCAGGCUGGGGGACUCUGUGGUGAUAGAGGGGCCCUGGAGGCCCCUGUGCCGGUGCGCUUCGUCUUUUGUGCUGGUGGGCCCCAGCCAUGGAGGAGUGGAUUACCAUGGUGGCCGUGCCAUGGCUGCCCUUAUGGCUGAUUGGGUCUUUAGUCUGGAGGCUUACCUAGCCCAGACUAACAAGGAAUUGACCAAUGCCAUCGCUGAUUUCAUGGACUGCAGCAUCGUCAUCCCGCCCACUGAGAUCCAGGACAAGGGCAUGCUCCAGCCAAUCAUUGACUUCCAGAAGAUGCUGAAGGACAGACUCCGCCCCUCUGACACCCGAAUCAUAUUUGGUGGCGGGGCCAAGGUCAGUCGGACUAACCCUGAGCCAAGAGAAGACCCGCUGGCCCGGACAGGCAUUCCCUUCGGCGGGAUGAUAAAGGACAUGAAGCGGCGGUACCGCCAUUACAUCAGUGACUUCACAGACGCCCUCGACCCCCAGGUCCUGGCUGCUGUCAUCUUCAUCUACUUCGCUGCUCUGUCCCCUGCCAUCACCUUCGGAGGCCUGCUGGCCGAUAAGACGGAGCACAUGAUGGGCGUGUCUGAGCUGAUGAUCUCCACCUGCGUCCAGGGCAUCAUCUUCGCCUUCAUCGCAGCCCAGCCUACACUGGUCAUUGGCUUCUCUGGGCCACUGCUGGUGUUUGAGGAGGCCUUCUUUGCGUUCUGCAAGUCCCAGGAGAUUGAGUACAUUGUGGGCCGUAUCUGGGUAGGCCUGUGGCUGGUGAUCAUCGUGGUUGUUAUCGUGGCCGUGGAGGGCAGCUUCCUGGUCAAAUUCAUCUCCCGCUUCACGCAGGAGAUCUUCUCCAUCCUUAUCUCCCUCAUCUUCAUCUACGAGACCUUCAGCAAGCUCGGCAAGAUCUUCAAAGCUCACCCUCUGGUUCUGAACUAUGAGCACUUGAACGACAGCCUGGACAACCCUUUCCACCCGGUGGUCAAGGAGCGCAUAGAGUAUCAUGAUGAUGGCAACAAGACAGUGCACGAGGUCAUACAUGAGAGGGCCUACCCCAACACCGCCCUGCUUUCCAUGUGUCUUAUGUUCGGGUGUUUCUUCAUUGCAUACUUCCUCCGUCAGUUCAAAAAUGGCCACUUCCUCCCUGGACCGAUUCGUCGGAUGAUUGGAGAUUUUGGUGUUCCCAUCGCCAUUUUCUUCAUGAUCGCUGUGGAUAUCACCAUUGAGGAUGCCUACACUCAGAAACUUGUGGUGCCCAAGGGUCUUAUGGUGUCCAACCCCAAUGCCAGAGGCUGGUUCAUCAACCCCUUGGGAGAGAAGAAGCCUUUCCCCGCCUGGAUGAUGGGGGCGUGUUGCGUGCCAGCCCUGCUGGUCUUCAUCCUCAUCUUCGAGUCCCAGAUCACUACGCUGAUUGUGAGCAAACCAGAGAGGAAGAUGGUGAAGGGCUCUGGUUUCCAUCUGGACCUGCUCAUCCUGGUCACCAUGGGUGGCAUCGCCUCCCUGUUUGGGGUGCCCUGGCUGAGUGCCGCCACCGUGCGUUCUGUCACCCAUGCCAACGCCCUCACUGUCAUGAGCAAGGGACCCAAGCCUGAGAUCGAGAAGGUGCUGGAGCAAAGGAUCAGCGGCAUGCUUGUGGCCGCCAUGGUCGGUGUCUCUAUUCUCUUGGAGCCUAUCCUGAAGAUGAUUCCCAUGACGGCUCUGUUUGGAAUCUUCCUCUACAUGGGUAUAACCUCACUCAGUGGGAUCCAGAUGUGGGACCGAAUGCUUCUGCUUAUUGUACCCAGGAAAUACUAUCCUGCUGACGCCUACGCACAAAGGGUAACUACUAUGAAGAUGCACUUGUUCACUCUGAUCCAGAUGGUGUGUUUGGGAGCUCUCUGGAUGGUGAAGAUGAGUGCCUUCUCCCUGGCUCUGCCCUUUGUCCUCAUCCUCACCUCCCCCUGCGCAUGGCCAUCCACUGGAACACUCUUCACUGACAAGGAAAUGAAAUGUCUGGAUGCCUCUGACGGCAAGGUGAAGUUCAAGAGGAGCCAGGGAGAGAUAUGUACGAGUCCCCGUUGCCAUGAACACCUGGACCACGACCUUUCACUCCCCUCAACUCGCUGCGAAGAUCCAUUGAAAGCUAACGUGUGA